AUGGAGAUCGAGGUCGACGCAGACCUCUUGCGGACGGUCGCAACAGGUGGCCAGAUGGACUACGGUCUAUGGCCCGCCCUGUCGCAAGGAAUCAUCUCGAGGCUAGACAAGAUUGCCCACAAUGAAUUUCCCAUCCCGAACCUGCCCAACCCUCCUCAACCCAUUAACGCGCCAGGCCAACAACCGCGGCUUCUUUCGCCGCUCCCUUCGUCCUCCAUCGAACCCGCCAGCAGCCUGCCAUCAUCACAGGACGCCGACAAGGAGAACAGCAAGCCGAACGUUCCGGCUUCGUCGACAGUCCCCGCCGAAACCGAAGCCGCCAACACCGCCGCCGAUGCAUCGUCCGUCUCCGAGGCCACCGAGUCUCUCCCCGUCCAGAUUACGGCCAUGCUCGACGAGAUCAACUCGGUCCUGUCGACCUUUCCCAAGUACCCGCCGCACACCAUUCAGCGCCUCGCCGAGCUCGUUCUUGAGCCGCGCCGACACUACCGCCACCUGGCCUCGUACCUGCACGCUGUUGACCGCGUUGUCCACGUCACCAGCGGCGCAAACAUCUACCCCCUUCCGCCCGCCAUUCCCGACAUGUCCACCAUGACUCUGCUCUCCAACGGCAGCGCCAACGGGCAGGAGAAUCCGGCCGCGGCCGCGGCGGCAGCUGUCGCCUGGAGCAACUCGACAAACUCGGUCGCCUCGACCGUCGGCACGGACGAAGCCCUCGGCGGUGCCCUACUAACCCCGAUCCCCUGGCUCACCCGCCGCCCGAGCCCGGGAUCAUCCUCGCCGGCCUCCUCUAACGGAGGUGGCCCGGCCGAGAUCCGCACCGAGUCGACGGAGACAAUCGACGGCCCUAAUGGCGUCGGCAGCAUCGAGACGGUCAGCGUCAGCGUUAACGGUAUACCAUCCAUGGGUGCAAGCAACAGCAGCCGCGCGAUAACACAAGGUGAGUUACUGCGACAAGAACAGGAGCAGGGCGUCGUUCCAGUCAACCAACUAGUGCGACAAGCAGAAGAAGCACAACACGCCGCGGCCCUGCGAAGCGGGGACGGCGUCAGGGCCAGCAGCCCCGAGAAGCAGCACCAGCACCAGCACCAGCAGCAAGAACAUGCCGCUGCUGCCACCGCCACCUCUGAUGCCGGCGCUGCUGUGGCUGAAGAAGAAGAAGAAGAGAGCGAGACACCGCAUGCCCGCGGGCCUGAGGAAAUCGGAGUCGGUGACCUUGGUCCGCAAAGCGAGACGACAAGCUUCAUCAGUGGUGCACUUGGCCUCGAGAUGCAGGGCAUCGACGUCGAGGCUGCCGUGGGCCGGAAGGCUGAGCAGACGCAUGCCACGCCUCCGCCCGAGGACGCCAAGAAAGAAGACGAUGCUGCCGAGGCGAUCGUCGACGACGCAGCGUCCGACACGAGCGUUACGUCGCACGCCAAGCGUGAUGCCGACGAGGAGCUCGAUGGCCUUGCCAGCAAGAAGGUUAAGGAGCACGAGGGCGACGUGGCCGGGGAAGUGUCAAAGGCUACAGUCGGAUCGCCGAAGGAAGGAGAUGCUGAGGCGGUGGCCGGAGCCGUCGAUGCCAAGACUGAAAAUAUCGAGGAGAAAGCCGAGGUCAAGGCGGACGGUGCUACGGCCGAGGCUGCAAAUGAGGCCGAGGUGGCGACAGAGACAAAGAAGACGGACAGCUGA